AUGGAUUUGCCAAAUGUUUCACACAAUCAUGGAAGAAAUGUGUAUUGUAACAGGAAUCAUUUGAAAGUCAUUCGAAUCGAAUGGGCGAAAAAGUUUCAAAAUGGCCAUGCUAACAAAGCACAUGCAAUUGCAAAUCAAUCACAUCUACCACCGACAUCAACAUUCAAAUCCAAAUCAGCACAAAAUCGAAUCAGUACCACAAUAGCACUUUUACUCUACAUUUUGUAUACGUUAAGCAUUCACUUAUUAUGGACCAAUUGUGUGAUAUUUACUGAAUCUGCACAACAACAGCUCAAAUUAAACGUAAACCCAACGUGGAACUUAUUGCAUCAACAUUAUCAGCGAACCGAAAGCAAUAGAAAUCUAAAUAGCAAUAGUAGUCACAAUAAUUUGAAAUCUAAUUUUGCCAAUGUAUCCAGUCACAGUAAUAGUCCUAAGUUAAAUGGCAUUGCCAACGAAAGUAAUAACAGUGAUAGCAACAGCACCGUCAGUAGGAACAGCAGCAUCGCUAUUAGCAUUCACAACAAUGGCAGCGCCAAUCAAUUUGAUUUUUUAACAAACUUACUCGCAUCGUCUGUAAACCGCGAAGUCGCUUUAAGAGCAACAUCUGUACCGCCACUACAGCGAAUUGAUGUCAAUCACAGAACAACAGCCAGUGAAGCUGUGUCACCAUUUCCGAUGCGAACGGAAAUUGGAAUGAGAAUGACAAUGCGAGACAAGCAUAUUCACGUGAUCAACCGAUUGAAAAGGGAAAGAACAGUAACAAAGCCGUUGUCAAUGUUACGGCGCAACCGAGACACGGCAUACCAAAAUCCAAUUAUUCGCAAAAAUUUCAACAGAAACAAACGAAACGAAUUUAGAAAACGCAUCAGUGAUGAAAUUAGAUUUAAACGAUAUCAAUUUGAAAGUGAAAAUGUGAUAAAAUCAGCAAAAAAUCAUGCAAUCAAAAGAAAUGUUAACAUUUUUACAUUCGCUAAUUUAGGUGAUAAUUCAAAUGUAUCAAUAAUUAAUACGACAACGGUUCCAUUUUUGUCGACGACAAAAUCAAAAACAAUUAAGUCAUCAACGUUAUCGUCGUCAUCGUCGCCGUCACCGUCGGUAGCAUCAGCAUCGCAUGAAAUGAAAAAAUUAAUCACAAUUCAUCCAACAAACUUUGAUGGCAAAUCGAUUUCUGGCAUGGAAAAAACUAUCACCAAUUUAACAUCGCCGCCAAUAAUCAGAAAUAGUGUAUCGACUGUGUUGGGAGAAAAUCAGCUGAAUCAAACUGUCAAUAAUGACAGAAAACUAAACGCAAAUGAUAGCAACAACAGCAAUAGCCCCACAAUCAAUCGAAUGGAAAAUAUCGGCCGAUUUGGUAAUGUAACAACAACAACAACGAUGACAAAGACAAUGGUUACGAGAAAUCCGAUAACGAGAAACUUUUCAUCUGGCUCGACACCGGUUCGAUCUCGGGUUAACGACGUUUUCGAAAUGGACACAAAACAAAAGUAUUCCAACUAUAGUCGAAACAUUAACAACAAUAACAACAACAACAGAAGCACCAGCAAUGGCAGACGAAACCAGGACAAUCAAGUCACAUCAUUUGAAGGCGACGAACAAAAUAAAUGGCAUGUACAACAUCGAAAUGGAAAGCGAAUCAUAUCAUUAUUGGGAUUGUUUGAGCUAAGCACACGAAACGGUUUACGAGUUGAAGGUCUGAGUGAAUUAGCUGCUGCUGAACUCGCUGUUCGUCACAUCAAUAAACGGGAACAUCUUUUGCCCGGAUACACAUUGCAAUUGAUUACAAACGAUACCAAGUGUGAUCCAGGAGUUGGUGUCGAUCGAUUUUUCCAUGCUGUUUAUACGAAGCGAUUGUCACGCGUUCAAAUGUUGCUUGGAUCGGCGUGCUCGGAAGUGACAGAAAGUCUUGCAAAAGUUGUACCCCAUUGGAAUGUUGUCCAG